AUGAGUCCUUUGGGAUUGCUAACGCUGGUUGCCCUACUAGGGGUCGGGUUUGCCGCUUCGCCGACCACACUACGCAGUGUGUCUAGUCAUCUCACAGCACUGGACCAAGAACGUUUUGCAAAGGUUUUCAAUGAGGGACUGAAAUCAAAUGAUCUCCAAUCGAUGUACUACGCGUCCGCGAAUGUGGCUCUUCCGGCCGGCGAUGUUACCAGCACCUGCAAACGCUUAUUCACGCUACACGGUGAAUCGAAAUUGAAUGAUUUCGAGAAAAACUUUUAUCUUGUCGGUGCUCGCAAGAACUUUGGUUGUAAGGAAGCACUUCAGGCAAAGGUCGAGUCUGCCGUGAAGGCGGCUCUAACGAAGGAUGCUUCGACCGCUCAGGAGAUCUACUACAACUUCCACUCGGCCAAGCUGGCAGGCCUCACCGUGGAUGAGAAAGUACGCACCACACUCGGCAAAAACCUGCAAACGGUAUUGAAGAAGGACGAUUCACUAAACUCCCUCGGGCAUGCCUUCACUGUGGCUGCCGAGUUGGGUUCAGCCGGCUCAUUUGCGUACGACCGCAUCGAGGAAGCGUUUGUGCAGGCCGAUGAAGUCGAUGGAAAAAUGCUUCAGUUCGAAGGAGGUCUAAGCAUUACGGCACUUAUUGUAAACGGUGGAUUCAAGCUGGCUACAAGCCUCUCCAAACCAGCCCCAAUUACAGCGGAACAAGCGGUCAAAUUCGCUACCUACUUCCUGUCGCGUGCCUCUGUCCAAACGCCGAAAGGCGUUAGCGUGCUGCUGGAGGCGUUGAAGCUGCUUGCGUCGCAGAAAACUAUCGCUCCGGUCUGUAUUCGCCUGGCUGACAAUGGCCAACUGCUUCCAGAGUCACCCGUGCUCAGUGUGCGUGUGUGUGACUUGCUCGGAAAACCCCUGACACCUGCUCUGGCCGCACUAUCCACCACGAUCGUGUCCCGGACCAGCGGUGAUGCGCUCGUUUCCAAAGUGAAUCUUGUCCCCAGCAAAGACGAUUCGACGCUAUUCACGUACAGCUUGAAAUCGGCAUCUCCUACGCGCGGUUUGUACAGAGUGGACAUUGAAGCCGCACCUUCCUACCGGCAGCAACUGCAGGUGAGCGUACUGGGCAAGGUUCGCGUAAGCUCGCUAGAGGUCGGAGUAGGUGAUACUGAUAGUGCGGCCACGAGCGUAAAACGUCAUUCGGUAGUACACCCCUCGAAGCUGGACACCGUUCUAAAUGCUGACUCGCAGCAGAAGGUCGUCCUUAAGACAGCACUAGUCGAUGAUGUUACUGGCAAACCAAUCACCGUUCAUCAGGCAUUCGUGUUGCUGCGCCAACAGGAAACCCGGCAGGAAAUUAUCUUCGUGGCCGAAACGGAUUCGAGCAAGGCGUACAAGUUCGAGAUGGAUGUUGGUGCGCGGGCUUCCGACUUUGGACACAAGAGCGGACUCUACGAAGUGCGUUUAAUCGUAGGCGAUGCGCUUCUCUCCAACUCUUUCCAAUGGCAUUUGGCCGAUCUCGAGCUCAAGUUUGCCGUGAUUGAAGGACAGCAGGUGAGCGCAUCAGUCGAUGCUGCCAGCUCGCGCAAACCUCUCCCUGAAAUCGUUCACCAGUUCCGCGCACCGGAAAAACGUCCACCACGCUUUGUAUCCGACCUGUUCACCGCUCUGUGCAUCGCUCCCCUCGUAAUCCUGUUCGGUCUGUGGGCCAAACUGGGUGUGAACGUGAAAAACUUCCCACUAUCGCUCGGUGCUCUCGGAUUCCAUCUCGGUUUGGGUGCCAUCCUGGUGCUGUUUGGCAUUUUCUGGCUUCGGUUGAACAUGUUCGAGACGAUUCGUUACCUGAUCCCGCUGGCACUGUUCACAUUCUUCUGUGGCAAUCGAAUGUUGCGUAAGAUCGCGCGUGGUGGUAGCGACAAGUAA